AUGGCGGAGCUGGGCUGGCUGUCUGACUAUGUCCUGGGAGUUCUGAAGUCACCGACUUGGAUGGUGCCGAUCAGUGAGUUCGUGGACCGACACGCCGAUCUCUUUGACGAGGCCGAGGAGUGCUCGCUGGAGCAGAUGCGGUGCCACAUGGCCUACCGGGACUUGGUGUCGCAGCUCCUGCAGUCCCACCUCGAGGAGGUGGCCAUCAGCGAGGAGGGCUUCGAGGCCUUCUGCUUGCAGGGCCUCUGCUCCGCGGCGCUGCACCGCACGCUGGCGGAGCAGCUGCUGGGCGCGGAGGACUUCCUCAGCUUCAAGGCCAUGAUGGCGAAGCACAAUGCGACCCUUUGCCGAGAGGUGGUGAGCGUGGACGCGGACGUCGAGCCAGAUUCUCCACAUGCGGGGCUGGUGUCGGAAGUGGUGAAAAACUCCAUGGCCUCUGGGUUGGACGAGUGGCAAGUCUGGGACCGCCUUUGUCCAGGCGCUGCAGAGGAGGAGCUGCGCCAGAAGCGGGAGGAGGCGGAGCUGCAGCAGGCGGGAGUUGGGAGGGGCGCGGCCGAGGCCGAAGCCUCGCUCGGGGUGCAAGCCGGGGCGGUGAUAAACCCCUAG